UCAGCUGAUGGGAGGUGUUGGGGCAUUUACUGAUCCUCAUGCGGUUGAAGGCAGCUUGAGCCAAGCAGAAGCUAAAGAAGAGUUUUCACUUCUUCAAACAGCAGCUGCUGAAGCUGGGCACCAGGAUGAACGCGAGUCAACAGAACGCCUCCCUGCAGUGUGAGCUGAACACCAGGGUCACCUCCAUCCUCUUCCCCUGCCUCUACACCGCCCUCUUCCUGGCUGCUAUUGUGCUCAACUGCCUGGCAGCCUGGAUCUUCUUUCAAAUCCGCAGCAGCUCCACCUUCGUGGUGUACCUGAAGAACGUGGUGGUGGCCGACCUGCUGAUGACCCUGACCGUGCCAGUAAAGGUGCUGACAGACGCAGGCGUGGGCUCAAUCCCUCUUCGUGCCUUCCAGUGCCGCUACUCGGCCGUACUCUUCUACACCACCAUGUACAUCAGCAUCCUGCUGCUGGGCCUCAUCAGCCUGGACCGCUACCUGAAGAUCGUGCGGCCUUUUGGCAAGUGUUACCUGCAGCGGGUGCGCGUGGGCCGGGUCAUGUGUGCCGUGGUCUGGGCCGUCAUGCUGUCCCUGGCUCUGCCCAACGUGAUCUUGAGCGACAAGGAGCCGCGAAUGUCCAGCAGUGGGAGGCUGAAGUGCAGCAGCAUGAAGAGCAAGCUCGGCCUGCAAUGGCACGAGGGGUUCAACUACCUGUGCCAGGUGGUGUUCUGGGGCACGCUGGGCCUCAUGGCUGUCUGCUACACCUUCAUCAGCCGGAAAGUGUACGAGUCGUACCGCGCCUCAAAGAGCAGCUCCGGCACUGCCAGCAAACGCACCAAGUCUAAGGUGUUUGUGGUGGUCGGAGUCUUUUUUGUGUGCUUUGCGCCCUUCCACUUGGCCAGAGUGCCCUACACGCUCACUCAGACGCGAGGCACGUCCGCCCACUGUUGGGCUCAGAACCAGCUCUACUUAGCCAAGGAGACUACGCUCUGGCUCUCUGCCACCAACAUUUGUCUGGAUCCUCUCAUCUACGUCUUCCUGUGCCGCGUCUUCCGCAGGAAGCUCACUGCCACCCUCGGCCGCAAGCACAUGGCUAAUGGAGGGCUGGAGUCACCCACAGAGACUUCCACCAAGCAGGAUAUGUCCAACAUGGUCCAUUUCAACAGAUCCCAUGAACUUAGCACCCAUUAGCAUCACUUCAAACUUGGAAGAUGAGACUGCAUUAGACUAAUCAGUCUUGUCCCUAUUCAUCAAUAGUGUGGUCACUGAAAACUUUAUACACUGGUUCUUAUGAAAAGAAGGAGUUGGCUGGAUAAGACCAGACCACGCCUGAACUUCUAAUCUCAACACAAAAGCAGACUGGGCUUUGUGGGCAGAGUGAACGGUGGUUUGCUUUUAAUGUAAUUUUUUACUGCACACAACUGAAGCUUGAAGUUGCCAUGGAGUGCACAUUCAUUUCAGUGCUGGUGAUUUCUGUGAUAAUUUUAAUGAGGCCUGUGACAAAUAAAUGAAAUAGGGCCUACUAUGGAACCUUGAGGAACAGCAGGUGCUGAGUGCUAAGGAAAAAGAGAAGGUUCCAUUUGUUUGUCUUACAGUGUUGCACAGGUCUUACUCUGCACUUUUUCAUUACUUGGAUAAUAACUUCACUAUAUACAGUUUAUAGAAUCAUUUUAAAUAUUUCUAUUGUUGUGAGAAAACUUUCAAUAACUGUCUACUAAAUGAGCUAAAUGUCUAAACUAACUACCAAAUUAACAUAAAGUCUGUCUAAGGAAGGAAAGGUAGCACUUUGUUACAAGCUGCGUUACAGACAUGUCCACGAUAUUGAACAGUUCCCCAAUCAAUUCAAUAAUUUGUUAAAUAAUAAGGGAACUAAUUAACUUAUGUAUUAAAUCAUAUUUGCUAAUAUAUAUUUUGCUUGUACAUUUUGAUCUCAAAUUCUGUAUGCUAGGAGAAAGAGGAAACCUAUGCAAACUGUAAUGAAUUUAUUGUAUUGGGUGAUACAAAGUACUGCAGCUCAGUGACAUUUUGUAUGCAAAUGCAUUGUGUUAUAUUGCAUGACAGGUAUGAAAUACAGCUAAGCAGCAACAAUAUGGCAGAACUUUGAUCAUGUGCUUCCUGCUUCAAUUAUUUUCUUUUCUCUUCUUAAUACUGAAAUAAUGUAGCUCUGAAAUUGUAUGUGCUUAGAAACGGAUUUAAUACAGUAGAAUUAUUACAGUAAAAUUCAGUAAAAUACAUUUCUCAACCCAAGUUUUUAAAAAUUAGAUGAAAAGAUAAAACUUCU